AGACCGCGGAUGGUGAAGGGUUCACGGGGAAGCUAGGAUACCGGCCGGUCUCUGCUGGGCGAUGACUGACUCACCGAACGGAGCACUUUGAGAUAAUAUGAGGCUUUUUUCUGGUCGGUUAUAGUACUAUGAUUUGGUAUGUGGCCACUUUGAUAGCAAGUGUAUUCAGCAUCCGAGGAGCGGCCGCUCAAGGUGCCCACGGAGUGCGAGAGGAGCCCCAGUUUGUUACGGCACGCGCAGGAGAGAGUGUCAUCUUGGGAUGCGACGUGCCUCACCCCCUGAACGGAAAGCCCUAUGUGGUGGAGUGGUUCAAGUAUGGGAUGCAAAUUCCUUUCUUCAUCAACUUUCGCUUCUACCCUCCUCAUGUGGACCCAGAAUAUGCCGGCCGGGCCACUCUGCAUGGCAAGUCGUCCCUGCAGAUAGAUGGCGUGCGUUCAGACGACCAAGGCUGGUACGAGUGUAAGGUGCUGCUGCUGGAGCAUCAGUUGGACACCUUCCACAACGGCAGCUGGGUGCAUCUAACCGUCAAUGCCCCCCCAACAUUCAAAGACACACCACCUCAGUAUGUGGAGGCCAAGGAAGGGGGGAGCAUCACGUUGACCUGCACGGCGUUCGGCAACCCUAAACCCUCCAUCAGCUGGCUGCGAGAAGGCAGCCUCCUGAUCAGCAGUGCCAAGUAUAAGGUGUCUGAUGGGAAUUUGACGGUGCUAUCCAUCACCCGGGAAGAUCGGGGGCCCUACACAUGCCGAGCCUUUAGCCUCCAGGGGGAGGCCGUCCACACAACCAGGCUGCUAGUACAAGGUCCUCCUUUCAUCACGUCCCCACCAGUCAACAUCACGGUGAACAUCUCGCAGGACGCAUUCUUCAGCUGCCGUGCCGAGGCCUAUCCUGGCAACUUGACGUUCACCUGGUUGUGGGAGAAGGACAACGUCUUCUUCAAGAAUGAAGCGUUAGGCAUCCACCUGCUGAAUUCUCCUUUCUCUCAGUAUCCCGGUUGGAGCCAGAUGGAUGAUGGGAGCAUCCGUAUUGCAGAGGUGACAGAGGACUCUCUUGGCACCUAUACCUGCAUGCCUUACAAUGACCUGGGUUCCAUGGGAUGGUCUCCUCCUGCUCCCCUGGUGCUAAAGGACCCUCCAAAAUUCUCUGUGGUUCCUGGAGGGGAGUACAGGCAGGAGGCUGGUCGGGAACUGGUCAUCCCCUGUGAGGCAGAGGGAGACCCCUUUCCAAAUAUCACAUGGAGGAAGGUAGGGAAGCCCAGUAAAAGCAAGCACAAUGUUCUGCCUCGGGGCAACUUACAGCUGAAGUCGCUCACAAAGGAUGACCACGGGGAGUGGGAGUGUGUCGCCACCAACGUUGCCACAAGCAUCACUGCCAGCACGCAUGUCCAAGUCAUAGGCACAAGCCCCCACGCCCCCACCAGCAUCCGAGUGGCAGCCUCCUCCACCUGGGCCAACGUGUCCUGGGAGGCGAGCUAUGACGGAGGCUUCCAGCAGACAUUCUCAGUCUGGUAUGGCCAUGUGCUGAAGAGGGAGCGUUUAGGUCCACAUGACUGGGUCUCCAUACCCGUACCUGGAGGCCAGGACUGGAUGGUGUUGUCGGGCUUGGAGCCAGACACAACUUACCAGUUCAGUGUCCUGGCUCAGAAUAAGCUAGGCACAGGCCCCUUCAGCGAGGUCGUCACUGUGAACACUCUAGUAUUUCCUACAAGUACCCCCGAACCACUGGUGCUGCUUACCCCACCACGGUGCCUCACAGCCAAUCGCACGCAGCAGGGCGUCCUGCUCACCUGGAUCCCACCUGCCAAUCACACAGCACCUAUCCAGCAUUACGUAAUGGAGUUCCGUCUGGGGGAGCGAUGGGAGACCCUGGACGACAGCAUUCCUGCGGGGGAGUUGGAGCUGCUUGCCCGAGACCUUAUCCAGGAAGCUUGGUAUGAGUUUCGCAUCAUGGCUGUCAUGGAUGACACGGUCAGCGAGCCCAGUAACGUGGUAGGAGUGUCCAGCACAGACUUCUUCCCCCCUCCAGAGAGUGAGGAGCGUGGACUGACGCGGCCUGUGGUGGCUGGCAUCGUGGCCACCAUCUGCUUCCUGGCUGCAGCCGUCCUCUUCAGUACGAUGGCUGCAUGCUUUGUCAACAAGCAGCGGCGGAAGAAGCUCAAGAGGAGAAAAGAUCCCCCGCUGUCCAUAACGCACUGCAGAAAAAGCAUGGAAACACCGAGUCCACUUAGUUUCUUUCCCAGCCUUGAGUACUACUGGGAAGGGCUGGCUGCACAGUACAAACCGCAAUCUUCCAGUCCUCAGUCAUCUUCCGGAAAGGUGAGUCCGGAGAGCACACGUUCAAAGGCAUCCCCAUCAGAAUCAUCUGAAGACAGUCACGACCAGCGUGGAAUGAAACCACCUCCCCGUCCAGGAAAGAGGGAAGACUUAUCCUUGUACAUGAAGACCAAAAGAGCAAUAACAAGCAAGAGGUACAUGUCCAAACAUGAAGCUGAACCAACAACACCUAUUGAACUUAUCAGUCGAGGCCCAGAUGGACGUUUUGUCAUCGAUCCCACUGAUGCGGAAAUGUCAGUCAAGCCCCGGCGCAUCGAGGGUUUCCCCUUUGUGGAGGAAUCUGACCUUUAUCCGGAAUUCCGGCAAUCAGAUGAAGAGAAUGAUGAUCCCAGACCUCUUCCACCUGUUAUGGCACCACUUCGACCCCACCAGAUUUCCCCAAUCUCCAGUCAGGAAUCAUAUCUCCAGCCUCCAGCCUACAGCCCCCGCUUUCACAGGCCCUUUGAAGGUAUGACCAUCAUGGAGAGCAGUCAGCUUCAGGCCACUGGACAGAUCCGAGGCUCUCUCCACCACAGAGCUUUCUAUGGCUAUCUAGGACCGCCCGGAGAUCAUGAUCCCCCACCUCCCUUCUACCUGCCUGACACUAGCCCUCUGAGGUCGGUCAUGUCCUCUCCUCCAUACUUUCCUGAGGGUCCUUUUGUGCAUCCCAUGAUUCCUGAAGACGUUGUAGAGUCAGAUUUUCCACAAUAUGCUGUUUCAAGUUUCCCCCUUCCUCUAACACUAACCACUUCCUCUCAUUCACCAGAUAUUUGGCAGGGACUAGAUUUUACGUUUUCAAGCCUGGAAGGGCCUCAGUUUAUUUUUCCCCCUCACCACCCUUUGCAUCCCCGCCAUGACCCUCCCUAUGCCUCUCCACCUCAUGUUCUUCCCCUUAGUGCUUUCCAGCACUCCACCCUUCCGAUGCCUACCUACCCAGCCGUCCUGCCGCUCGAGGCCCCCAAAGGUCAUACAAGCAAGUCUCCCAGCAAGACCAGGCCUCAUGGCUCCCCAGCCAGGCAUUUAGCUAUGCAAGAGGCACAUUUAGGGCAGCUAAGACCUUCGGGCCGUAGUAUGGGUGUGCCUGUUUUGUCUUAUAGUGAUCCAUUGGCUCAUAUUGUCCCUAGUUCAUUCAGUAACCUGGAUACACGAUGGUUUGAAACUACCCCUCGUUUUAGUCCCAGACAGACUCGUAGAAUGGAUUCUGGCCUGCAUCAGGUGGUUCUUCAACCAUCUCGACUUUCACCCCUCACCCAAAGCCCUCUUAGCUCUCAAGAGGGCUCCCCAGAGAUUGUAGUACGCCCCCGCCCACGUCCAAGUGUUGUGCAGCCUCCUGCACCCACAGGGAUGUCUGAAAUGACCCUGCUCCCUCCUUCCACAGCCAGCUUUUCAAGGAGAUCAUCACCAAACUCAUCACCUGCUCAAGGGCAGGGUAGCAGGAGAGCAAGCUCCUGCUACCAUUCCCACAUGGCUUUUGCCACCUCUGCAACAAGUUAUUCAGCUUCCCAGUCCCCAUCGUCCCCCAUGGAAUGCAGUGGCAUAUUUGGGCAGAUGCCAGCUCAUAGGAGGACUGAAGAGGAGCUCCUUCCAUCUGAGCCCUCCCCAUCCCGGUUGUCAGCUUCAGGAAAACGUCGAGGUGCAUCAAGUGCUCAUUUGGGGUCUGAGAGGAGCGAUGCACUGAGAUACCAGCGAAUUAAAAAAGCCAAGAAGACAACCAUGAACAACAACAACUCCAAGACUAGAAAGAAAGCAGGUGUCUCCACCUCUCAGACCCAGCAGGCCUACACCUCUCAGGUACUCCCGCCCGAAGAAGCGCUCUACCUCUGCAAGAAGAAGAAACGGCCCAUUCUUCAUGAUCCAUACGCUCGCUUUUCCGCUCUGCUGUACCGCCGUCCGCCACGGGAGGACCAGAAGGCCAUUUUAGCUAGCAUGGACCACAUGGACUCAGACCAUGGCACCUUCCUCUGAAAGGCUUGUUGCCAUUACCGUUCCAUCAACAUCCUCCCAGCUAUACAAGACAACAGUCAGUUUAUGCAGUUUCCACCUGAUGAAGACCAGAGUAUGUUUUAUGGUUCAGUCGGUAGCUUCCGACGCGGUUUAUUCGGUUAGCUUUUGUGAGCAGAUUGACACUAACCUGGGUCACUCUAGAGAAGAACCUGAACAGAGUUCAGGUUCACUUUUUCUAGUGAAAUAAAAAUGCAUAUUCUAGUCUAAAACCUUUUGUCUCAGUUAACUUUCCAGUUGUGGACACAAACAGUGUCUGCAUCGUCUAAUGUCGACCAGUAUCCCCUUCUUAACAUUGCUUAAAUUUGAGAUAAUCGUUCAACAUUUACUCUAGUUUUCUUAAAAAGAGGCAGGUUGUGAUUAUUAAUCUCAGUUUUCCCAAACUUCCCUUUAAUCCUUCAACCACUGGAUGAUUGAAAUUCCUCAGACUGAGCUCCUGUUUUCUGAGAGAAGCCCAUUUCGAUUAGCCCCCCCCCCACACACACACACGUUUACAGCUCCUUCCAAUGUAUGAUCGCCCUCACAUAUAAGGACGAUGUUACUGCUCACCUGCUACACCUCAGAGCGCACAGACCACAUAACCAUUGGAGACAACCAGCUACCCUCCUUUGCUUUUUCUCUCUGAGCAGUGAAUGCUUUUGCAAUGUACUUCCUGCUGUGUGGAAGUAACUUCGUAAACUAACCUGGAGAUAACAUUUUAAAUCAAAAAUGACAGAGAAAGCCUUGAACUAGUUUCCUUCUGAGGACGGGUCCAUCUGGAUGAUGGUUUGGUUACCUUUAAAGAUUUAGGCUGUUCUAGGCUACAUUGCUCUCACAGCUGUUUGAAAUGGAGCAAAAAAAACAAAAAACAAACAGCUCUAAAAUAUUUGAACUUCUCCUUGUCUCAUGCUGUCGAGGGCUUUAGUUUCUUUUCAGAAAUCCAUGCCAAGCAGUAGAUAGUGAGGGUUAGGAUUUUGUGCCAUAAAGCAUCACUCUAAACAUAUGUACGUCCCUUUUUUAGGCCUUAAGCCUAAGUUUUUUAUUUGAACAUCAUUGUUAUUUAUUAAGAUCUAUUGUUUUUAGCUGUGUUCCGAGUUGGGGGAGGGGGGUGCAGUUAAAGGGAAAACAUUGGUGUUAUUUUGCCCCCAGCUUCAGCAGCAGCCUUCAACGCUCUGCUUAUAACUGCAUGAAAAUGACAAACGUUUCAUUCAGAAGAUGAGUAAAAAAGGUGCCAUAACUCAGCUGUGACCUUUUGUAUGCAUACUGCUGCUAGGUGGCGCUCUAAAUCCCUGAUAGUGGACACUUUAGCCGUACAUUUUCUUUUUUUAACCUCACAGGUGCUGCGAUGUUUCGCUUUGUGUCAUUAAUUUCAGAUGUCAUGCAGGCAUUUGCCCUGAAACAGAGCAUGUUCAGAGUUUUAUGUCAAAAAUACAUUUUUAUGCCUUUGUUAUAGUUUUUAUAUUCUAUCAUAUCUGCUGAUGUUUCAUUCAGAAAACUGAUGGCCUGGCUUAGAUAUUUCCACUGUCCGUCUACAGAGGAAUUAGAUUCUAGAAAAUAAAUUUUUCACUAAUAUUUCCAUCUGUUUUUUAAACUAUGAGUGUGGAAAAAAUGAACAAAAAAUAGAAAACAAAUAAAAUGACAAAUAAAUAACACAAAUGAAAUUUUAUCUCUCUAAAUUAGAUAAAUGAUUCCACAGACAUGGACAUAUUUCUGUUCUUUAUGACAGUUAUAGCUUAAAGCAAGACCUCUGACCUCAGCCUUUAAUAAAAUCUUAGAGUUUCAUUUCAACAUCCAGUAUUGGUAGCUGGAUAAAUUAGGCCUGUAGCUUCCUAAGUGCAGGAAGUGAAACUCCUAACCUGCUCUGCAGGGGUGUUCACGGUCUCCCUCCUGAUGAACCAGUUUAGUCCAAACUGGAAUUGCUGCAAGUCAGCCACAGGAUGCAGCUCCAGAUACUAAAAUGUUCUGGUACGAGUCGCCUCAAUGGUCCGUGUCUUACUGUGAGAGACAUAAUCUGAUAAACAAAUCCAGAAAUCACAAUAUAUGACUAGUUACUUGUAUGAUACUGCCAUGGCUCAGAACAGAGAACUCAGUAUUCAAGGCAGACAUACAGAUUUCUCAAAAAGUGUUUAUUUAAAAUGAUGGAUUGGCAGCGAGGGCGUUUAAGGCAGAAACCUGUGCAGGAAGAAAACCCAGGUUAGUGACCACCUCUAUCUGGAGGAAUAUGAACAUGUGAGUCACUAACCUGGUCUUAAAAUUCAGUCUGGGCCCAGAGAACAAGGUUAGUUACAGCCGAACGACUGCAAACAAGACUGGGAGGGUGCUGCAAAGAGAGUCCCAGACAUUGAAGUCCCGGAGGGCAGAGAACAAGCAGGAGAUCAGAUCCGAGCAGAUAAAGGAAGGGAGGAUAAUCCAGAGGGUGAAGCCAAAGCCAUGUCCAGGACAUGCUCAGGAUUCAGAACCAGGAGAUCUGAUCAGAGGUCCAAAGAUUUGAAGGGAAAUCCAGAACAGUGUCAGGAAUAAGUUCCAAGUUUGGUUACCAUGCAGAACCCAGCAGGAGUCCGAAGACAGGUCAGGCAAACAGAUCAGAGCGGGAACAGGCAGGCUCAGAGGUCCAAAGGCAGAAGGGGUUAGGAUCAGGCAAUCAGUAACGCUUAGAGAAACUCUCACCACAGGCUCAAGAAUAAUCUGGUACUGAUGACUGGUUAGUGGGCUGGUUAAAUAGAGGCUGGAGUAGUUGGAUCAGAUAAGCGGUAAUAAGAAACUGGGCGGAGUUAGGCAGAUGAAUGAAAUGAGUAAUAUAUCCAGUCAUCAGCACUAAGAUCAUGACAGAUACAGCUGAAAAGUAAGUAUUUGAACCCCUGUCUAUCAGUUAGAAAUCUGUCCCUCAAAGACCUGUUAGUCUGCCUUCAAAAUGUCCACCUCCACUCCAUUUACUAUCCUAAAAUAGUUGCACCUGUUGGAGGUCGUUACCUGCAUAAAAAUACCUGUCCACUCCAUACAACCAGUAAGAAUCCAAAUACUAACAUGGCCAAGACCAAAGAGCUGUCCAAAGACACACCCCCAACAAUGCUGGAAAGGGCUACGGGGAAAUUGCCAAGCAGCUUGAUAAAAAAAAUGUCCACUUUUGGAGUUAUCAUUAGAAAAUGGAAAAACCUAAACAUGACUGUCAGUCUUCAUCUCAUCUCACCUCAUGGGUUCUUAGUGGUCCUAAGAAAGGUGAGAAAUCAGGCCAGAACAACACGGAGGCCAGAACACGAGUCAUGGGAUUAAGUCAUGUAGUCAGAUGAGACCAAAAUAGAACAUUUUGGUCAUAAUUUCACGAACCAUGUUUGGAGGAAGAAAAAUGAUGAGUAUCACCCCAAGAACAGCAUCCCUACUGUGAAGCAUAGAGGUGGUAGCAUCUUGCUUUGGGGAUGUUUUCUGCAGAUGGUACAGGGCGACUGCACUAUAUUAAGGAGAGAAUGACCAAGGCCAUGUAUUGCAAGAUUUUGGGGAACAACUUCCUUCCCUCAGUUAGAGCAUUGAAGAUGGGUGGAGGCUGGGUCUUCCAGCAUAACAAUGACACAAAGCACACAACAAGGAGUGGCUCUGGAAGAAACAUAUCAUGGUUCUGGUGUGGCCUAGUCAGUCUCCAGACCUAAAACCAAUAGAGAAUUUUUGGCGGGAGCUCAAACUCUAUGUUUCUCAGCAGCAGCCCAGGAACCUGACUGAUCUAGAGAAUAUCAGUAUGGAGGAGUGGGCCAAAAUCAAUCCUACAGUGUUUGCAAACCUGGGGAAAAUCUACAAGAAAUGUUUAACGCUUGACCUGUAAGUGCAAUCAAAGGCUACUCUACCAAGUAUUAACAUUGAUUUUCUCAGGUGUUCAAAUACUUAU